AAAAGAAGCCAGGGUACGAUUCUAGAGGCGUGCGCCCUAUUCGAGAUCUCCGAAGCUGAAGCUAUGGAACAGUACAACAUGCCGUCCGACGUGUCCCGGCCGGGACAAGGGUGACGGGUCGAUCCCGGGCCUCCCUGCCGUGCGACUGUGAGUUACCUUCUAAGAUGUCCAGCCUUCUCAGUGUUCAUCUGUAUUAGUCGCGACGUGUUUGUUACCAGAUUGUUCUUUCCUGCCAGCCACAUCCUGUGUGUCAUCAUUGAUGUACCACUGACCGCACUUCGAAAUCGUCCCUGUGUACAUAAAUGCGAUCAUAGUAGGCUUCCCUCAGCAUGAGCACGAGUCCUCAGCGUCGUCUUGUUGAAGACGUAUAUAGUCUGAUCUUCCAAUCCUGCAAGCUCGCGGACGUUGACAGCCUUGAGUGGCCUUCCGUCGGAGAGUUACGCCCAUAUGACUUCUGGUGGAACCCCCAUCUUCUGGUAGAUGAAGUGGCCCAGACUAUGCAACCUGCUGCCAUUGAGGAGUUGCAAACAUGAAGCGCAUAUGGGGACGUUAACGUGUACCUCUCCAGACCCUGGCAGAGCGAAAUUAUCAGUUCGACCACCCCACCGUCCUCUGCCCGGCAUAAUUGAAUCAUGGCGUAUACUCUGCCAAGUCAAGUAGCAUGUUCCGUAUCCAGUAGUUCCUAUGAGAUACAGGGAGCUGCGGUAGGGCAAG